AUGAACCCUUUCUUCAACAAUCCUUUAUUUCUUGAUAAUCACGGCUCAACACCCCCAAAUUUUCAAUCGGAUUCGAGUUCAUCCGACGAGACGGACCGUUAUAUCAAUCUAUUCACAAUGGUGCAUUAUGCAAUUCAACAAGAUGUCCGCAAUACUGCCUCCUCUUCAAGAACACGGUUGUUUGUGAAGAUAGCUUUAGAUUUGGAAAACAAUUUUAGUUUUUUUAAGAGGAAGAUCGACGCGCGUGGUAGAUGGGGGUUUUCGGCUUUACAGAGAUGCACAUCUGCAGUUCGCCAGUUAGGCUAUGGUAGUAAUCCCGAUAGUUUAGAUGAUUACCUAAAUAUGUCGGAAAGAUCGUCACGUGAAACCCUUAAUGCUUUUUGUGAUGGAGUCAUUAAGUUAUAUCGGCAUGAAUACUUGCGUAGGCCAACGCGUACUGAUACACAACGCAUUCUUGAUCAUCAUGCGUCUUACCAUGGUUUCCCCGGCAUGUUAGGGAGUCUUGAUUGUACACACUGGGCUUGGGAUAAUUGUCCAGUAGCUUGGCGUGGUCAGUACACGCGAGGUAACCAUCACGGGCCGACGAUAUCGCUUGAAGCAAUUGCUUCACAGGAUUGUUGGAUUUGGCACGCAUACUUUGGUGUUGCCGGUUCAAACAACGACAUUAAUGUGUUGAACCAAUCUCCUUUGUUCAACCCUUUUGAAGACGGCACAGCACCGUUGGUUCCUUUCACUGUAAAUGGAACCGAAUAUCGGUACCCGUAUUAUCUAGUGGAUGGGAUCUACCCAAGAUAUGCGAUGUUUGUGAAAACGAUACAGCAUCCAACCGGUGAGAAAAGGAUUCGGUAUGCUAAGGCACAGGAGGCUGCAAGGAAGGACGUAGAGCGAGCUUUUGGUAUUAUUAAAAAAAAGUGGAAAAUACUUAGAGAACCGGCACGACAAAUGGAAGAAACCUCCAUCCGUAAGAUCAUGUAUGCGUGUUAUAUUCUUCAUAACAUGAUUUUAAAGGACGAGGACCACGCUAUAAGUCCUGAUUACAUUCAGGAUCCCCCAGUUGCGCCACAGCCAUCGGAUGAACAACUUUUGAGAUAUAUGACUCAAGCGUUCACGAAGAUCUUAAGAUGGAUCUCAUUGACCAUAUUCAUCGCACAUUCAUCCCGAGCAUCGAUCGUUAUGUUAGUAAAAGUCAUGACACAUCAAACCUUUAACGUAGUUUUGAAUCAUCUUAUUGUUCCAAGACCAUAA